CUUAGCUCGAGCCAUUUGUUUAAUGAUAAUAAUAAUAAUUAUUAUUUGUUUUAUGAUUAGGAACGGUUCUUUCUGCGUUCGUUCUGUUUCCUGGCGAAUCUUCAAUCCUUAGCACUUUCUGUUUUCUGCUUGUGCCUCCUUUCCUCUUUUUCUUCUUCUCUUCCUCUUCCACCCUCCGUCUCCUCCCCCAAAUAUCUUCUCUCUCUGCAUCCAGUCUGUCAAUUUCUAUUCUACUUUGUAUCCUCACGCAAGUCUAAUAAUUUAAUACAUUAAUCCCCAAUCAAAACUCUCAAUUCGCAACAAUGUUGUCCUCUGUGGCGUUUGUCUUCUCCUCGCUGCUAGCCACCGCGCUUUGCAACUACACGUUCCCCGAGGGCUUCAACAUCGGCUUGGUCUCUCCUCAAGAGAGAAAUUCCUGGUGUCUUGCCCAGAGGAACUCCUGCCCACAGAUCUGCGGUGGAGUCGCUACCACCAAUUACUGCGAUUCGACCACUCUGGACUUCAACUGUGUUUGUUCCAAUGGCUCGCAGGCCGAUGUCACGCCUUAUGCGCAGACCAUUCCCUCCCUCGUCUGCCAGAACAACUAUGGUCAAUGUGUCGCCAACCAUCCCAACGACCUAGAUGGCCAGAAGAAAUGUAAGGAUGAUGCUCAAUGCGGAACUCUCAAUGCAAGUGACGCCACUGCUGCCGCAACAACUACCGCUGGGUCUGCUGCUUCCUCUUCAGCCGCGACCACCUUGUCGACCUCCUCUGCCAGCGCUACUCUGAACCCGUCCGCAUCCAAGACUUCGGCUGCUGUGGCUUCUUCAACUUCCACUGGCGCGGCAUCUGCCAUUCGCAUUGCCCAGGAUUACUCCACUGCUGUGUUGAUGACUGCCUUGUUCGCCGUCUUCCGUCUAGCUCUUUAAAGGCACCAUUCGUGCAGACUCCUUGGCGACGCUGUCGGACAAUCAUCUGAGCCUUUAAUUUUGUACGUUGUCCAUAACUAAUGCAGCACUUGGACUUAUUCUGGUUGCUGUUGUUACCGCUAUGGAAGCCCAUGUCUCGUUUUUCAUUGAAACACUAUCCAUCUUUUGCUCACAAUGAUAUUGUAAUCUGGACAUUGUACACCCCUCUGGCUUAUUGGGCUUUCUCUCAUUCCAGACCAUAUCCACCAUCCUGUAUUAUGGGCUUCAUGUGCUUCACGUCUGUCUUUAAUUGGCGCUUGCAUGAAUAAUGCUAGUAUGUUUGCUUAAAGCGAAUCCAGUUCUUCCAUCGGCCGUCCCAGUCACAUUGGUCCCAGUUGGUAUCAGUUGGAGCUCACAUGUAAUAUGUAUAUUGUAUAGUCCUUAUUUCCUCGCCCAGGGCAAGUAAUUAUUCGCUCUCUUCGGUGCGUGCGUAUGCGAAGUAACUUCUUCAAGCCACCCACUGGAGGCCAAAUACUGCCAUGCCUGUUUUCUUGCCUUUCUACGAUGACGAGCAGUUUUCUAAUAAUAAAAUAAAUAUGGAAAC